UCUGACUGGCUGCCCAGCCCAGGCUGCACACGCCCCCUCUCCUCUAGCAGACCACACAGAAGCUGGUGCCCACACUGGCAACUGCCAGGCUGUGACAGCGGCCACCUCUCCCCCAGCACCUCUGGGCACCUAUGCACCCAUAGGAACGAGUACAUCAGCCCCGGAGUCCCACCUGCUGAGCUGAAGGUCACUGUCAGAGACUCUGAGGGGGAAAGGCCAGCAACAGCCAGUCAUACCAUGUCUGUAACCAGUGGGAAGACAAGACCAUCCCUGACCCAGGAGAUCCUCAGCCACCUGGGCCUGGCCAACAAGACUGCAGCUUGGGGAACCCUGGGCACCCUCAGGACCUUCUUGAGCUUCAGCGUGGACAAGGACGUGCAAAGGCUGCUGAGGGCCAUUGCAGGCCAAGGUGUGGACCACAGUGCCAUCGUGGGCGUACUGACCAACAGGAGCAGAGAGCAAAGGCAGCUCAUCUCUCGAGUCUUCCAGGAGCGCACCCAACAGGACCUACGGAAGUCCCUGCAGGCGGCACUCUCUGGCAGCCUCGAGAGGAUCGUGAUGGCUUUGCUGCAGCCUGCUGCUCAGUUCGAUGCCCAGGAAUUGAGGACAGCCUUGAAGAGCUCUGGUUCUCCUGAGGAUGUGGCUGUGGAAAUUUUUGCCACCCGAAGCCCAGCCCAGCUGCAGGAGUGCCUGAUGGUCUACAAACAUAAUUUCCAGGUUGAGGCUGAGGAGGACAUCAAAUCUGAGACCAGCGGCAUCUUGCAGGAACUGCUCCUAGCCCUGGCCAAGGGGGGUCGCGAGAGCUACUCUGGAAUCAUCGACUAUAACCUGGUGGAACAGGAUGUCCAGGCAUUAAGGCAGGCUGAAGGGCCCAGCACAGAGGGCACAUGGGUCCUAAUCUUCACCCAGCGAAAUCCUGAACACCUCGUCCGAGUGUUCGAUCAGUACCAGCGGUGUACUGGGCACGAGCUAGAGAAGACCAUCCACCACCUCUUCCACGGAGAUGCUCAGGCGGCCCUGCUCAGCCUAGUCUCGGUGAUCAGGAACACACCGCUGUACUUUGCCGAUAAACUUCAUCAAGCCGUCCAGAACCUCAAGCCCAAUUACCAAGUCCUGAUGCGUAUCCUUAUCUCCCGAAGUGAGACUGACCUUCUAAGCAUCCGAGCUGAGUUCAAAAAGAAAUUUGGCAAGUCCCUCUACUCUUCUCUCCAGGAAGCAGUGAAAGGGGACUGCCGGUCAGCCCUACUAGCCCUGUGCAGGGCCGAAGACCUCUGAGGCCUCCCUGGGCUCCUGCCCUCCCUACCACGCCAUGACAUCCAAGGAUCUGAGAGCCCUGCAGGAAAUCAGCUGGACCUCCAAAUAGGAUAACCCCUCACUGGGCACCACAUGCUCCAGCUUCUUGUUGAGGCUAGAAUCUGAAGUUUCUUUUGAAUCCCUUUGUUUCCUCAUCUCAAAGUGAUGCCUGCACCAGGGUACCCCAUCUCUGUCUUGGGUAUAGACAGCUCUUUGAUGGUUUCUUCUCUAUUCAUCCUUCCCAUACCCAGACCAGAACAUCUCCUGAUUUCUUGAAUUCUUUUGGCAAACUUCA